AGGGAGCGAGGGAGGGCUAACCCUGCCAACAAGGGCCUAUAGGCUGGCGGCUGCAUGGAACGGCAGUAUUAUUUUUUUCAUGCUGAAAGAAGAGGUCAUUUGUGUCUAUAGGCCAACGGGGACGGCGGCGUCCAUGUAGCUGUCCGGGUGUUCGGUAGCAUGAUAGCCGUGUACGGGAAUCGGCAGGAAGAGCGCCCGCGUCUGCUGCAUUCCGACUUGCGCCCGCACCAAAGCCACCGAGUCGGUGAGCAGCGUCCGACAUGGGGAAGGAGGUGAACGGCGUUUCCCGGAGCCGCUUUGAGAUGUUCACAAACAGCGAUGAGGCUGUCAUCAAUAAGAAGCUACCCAAGGAGCUGUUGCUACGAAUCUUCUCCUUUCUGGACGUGGUGACGCUGUGUCGCUGUGCUCAAGUUUCACGAUCCUGGAACGUCCUGGCGUUGGACGGCAGCAACUGGCAGCGAAUCGACCUCUUUGACUUCCAGCGGGACAUCGAGGGCCGAGUGGUGGAGAACAUCUCAAAGCGAUGCGGGGGCUUCCUGAGGAAGCUGAGCCUGCGGGGGUGCCUCGGCGUGGGUGACAGCGCCCUGAGGACGUUCUCUCAGAACUGCAGGAACAUUGAGCUGCUCAGCUUGAACGGCUGCACUAAAAUCACUGACAGCACAUGUAACAGCCUCAGUAAGUUCUGCCCAAAACUGAAGCACCUGGACCUCGCUUCUUGUACCUCAAUCACCAACCUGUCACUCAAAGCUCUCAGCGAGGGCUGCCCACUGCUGGAGCAGCUCAACAUCUCCUGGUGUGAUCAGGUCACCAAGGACGGCAUCCAGGCUCUGGUCCGGUCCUGCCCUGGACUUAAGGGUCUUUUCCUCAAAGGCUGCACCCAGCUAGAAGACGAGGCGCUGAAGCAUAUUGGGGCGCACUGUCCCGAGUUGGUCACGCUCAACCUGCAGACGUGCUCACAGAUCACAGACGACGGCCUCAUCACCAUCUGCCGGGGCUGUCACCGUCUUCAGUCUCUGUGCGUGUCGGGCUGCGCCAACAUCACAGACGCCAUCUUGCACGCGCUCGGACAGAACUGUCCUCGCCUCAGAAUAUUAGAAGUGGCUCGCUGCUCUCAACUUACAGACGUGGGCUUCACAACAUUAGCAAGGAAUUGUCACGAGCUGGAGAAGAUGGAUUUAGAAGAAUGUGUUCAAAUCACAGACGGAACACUUAUACAGCUGUCAAUCUACUGCCCCCGCUUGCAAGUUCUGAGUCUCUCCCACUGCGAGCUCAUCACCGACGACGGAAUCCGGCAUCUGGGCAGCGGGCCCUGCGCUCACGACCGACUGGAGGUGAUCGAGCUGGAUAACUGCCCCCUGAUCACGGACGCCUCGCUGGAGCAUCUGAAGAACUGCCACAGCCUGGACCGCAUCGAGCUCUACGACUGUCAGCAGAUCACCCGCGCCGGCAUCAAGAGGCUCAGGACCCACCUGCCAAACAUCAAAGUGCACGCCUACUUUGCCCCCGUGACUCCGCCCCCUUCGGUCGGGGGCAGCCGCCAGAGGUUUUGCCGCUGCUGCAUCCUGCUAUGAUGUAAAAGACGUCCGCCGCCCUCCUCCUCUUCCUCUUCUCCUUCCUACUGGACGCCCUGACGCUUGGCCCCGACUCACUUCCCUUAGCCCAAUGGCUCUGGGGGUCCCCGCCCGCCCCCACUCCCCCUGCCACGCCCACCUUUUGGAGCUGCAGAGAGAGACCAAACAGUGCAGGGUAACACACACACUCCACAUAUUCACGUUUUGGGUUAAAAGACCGAUACAUACGUCACAAUAUUAUGUUUUUAUUAGCAAUCCAGUCCAAAUAUAUGAAUUAGUACGCAAUUAUUAUGUCAUAUUUCAGCCUUUUAUUGAAAUAUCAACGUGGUUAAUGGGGGCAAACACGUAGCCACGCCCAUACUGGCUAACUUUGGGUUUUGGAUAAUUUCUGUAUUUGGAGCGUUUUGGGACGUUGCCCCUGUCGGCCGGUGUAAAAUAUCAGGCACACACACCCCGUCUGUACGUGAAGUCUAUGUUGGCAUCGCUUGAAUGUAUUCCAUGAAAAAAAAAACAUGCAAAAAUCAAUGCAAACUUUUGCACAAAAAAAACAAAACAACAAUCUUGCUGUUUGAUGCAUAUUGAAAGACAAGCGGCUUACAGUACUCGCAUCCUGCACUGUUAAAAGUCUGGUCCUUGUGCCCCCCCCCGCCCAAAAAAAGUGACACAACCGGUGAAAACAACAAAAAAAAAUAUUUAAAAAAAAAACAAGUUAUCCGCCUUUUUUGCACCUAUAGACCUAACAUCCAGACUGUUUACAAAGGAGAACAUUUCAAAGGUGUUUUUACUAACAACAACAACACACAGGAAGGUUGUUACAGCCCCCCCUCCCACCCCUCCCAUUCCCUUCUUUCUUGUCUCUAUGUGCUUCAUUGUAUGGCAGCAGCGGGCGGGGGAAAGGGGGCAAAAAAAAAAAAAGACUCAAUAUUUUUUUAAAAAGAAAGAAGGCAGACAUUUGGGGACUGAAGAAGAUGCCAAACGCUGCAUGUGACACCCCCAUUUUUUUUUUUUUUUUUUAAUGGACACAAGCGAGGGACGAUGAUGAUGAUGACGAUGAUGAUAAACACACGGGACAAAAAGAAAAAUAACUUAUUUUGAAAAAAAAACGACAAUGACAGGUGGGGUGGGGGCGCCGGGACAAGAGGAGCGAUGACCUUCACGGAGCAACAGGAAAAAAACAACAACAAUCACAUUUGCUUUCAAGGACAAAGGAGCAGGGGGGGUCACACUGAAAAGAAAAGGUUCCGAGGAAAUAGUCCAAGAACCGAUCCUGCAUCGUUGUAGAUUUUCUUCAGUGCGGGUAGUUUAUCAACGUCUAAACAUGUCAAUCACACGUAAACCGCUCAUACUGAUGAAUAUAUUCAUGUGCCAAAACAUGCUGCAUUUAUUAAGUAUAAUUUCACAUCAUGCAAUAUUCUCAUCAUACUUACUUACAUACAUACGUACUUUUUUCUUGUCAUGUUACAACUCCAUCUUUAGUACAACUUUAUUUUUUGUGACAAACUUACUCUUGUUUAAUUUUUCAUAUUUUUUUUCUUGCAAUAUUCUACUUUUGUUCAGGUUAAUAGUACAAAUAUAAAAUUACAUAUUAUUCCCACAGUAAUACAAAUUAAUUCUCAUAAUAUUGCAACCUUAUUAUUUAUUUUUCUUGCCAUAAAUUGCAACUUUUUUCCACACAAAAUUUCCCAUUUUAUCAAAAUAAUAUAAGUACAUUAUUUUUUACCAUUACUACUUUAUUUUUCUUGUAUAAUUUGUUUUAUUUUAUAGCUUUUUUCUUCUCAUAAUAUUAUACUACUUUAUUUGUAGUAAAUUACAACUUUUUUUCCUAUUAAUUUUAUGCGACUUCAUUUUGUGUAAGUUAUGACUUUGUUGCAUAUUAUACAAAUGCAGUUUUCAUUAAUUUGGGCUCUCUUCAUCUCAUAAUAUAUUACUAUAUUAUUUCAUAAAUUACAACUUUUUUCCUUAUAUUAUUAUACUAGCAUAUAUUUUGAAAAAUUACAACUUUUUAUGCUAAUACAUUUUUCAUUUAUUUCACUUUAUAUUUCUUAAAUGCAGGCUUCCCCCCCCUCGUAAUUUAUUUUUUGUAAAUUAUGAUUUUCCCCUCAUUUUAUGCUACUUAAUUUUCCGUAAUUAAUUUUUUUCUUUUAUUUUUUAUAAAUUACAAUUUUCCUCCUAACAUUCCAAUUUAAUUUCUCAUUAUUUACAUUUUACACGCAAUUAUUAUGACUUUCUUUCCUCGUUACAUGUUGACAUAUUGUUUUGUUUUCUUCAUAACUUUAUUUAUAUUACAACUUUAUUUGCCCUGACACUACAACUUUUCUCUUCAGUGUGGCCUUAAUGCUCCUUGUUUUUAUGGAUGGGAGGGGGGCGCGUUUAAUGAGGACAACAACUCUGAUUGGCCGAGUACCCCCCCCCCCCCGUCCCUCCAUUGCUAAGGAAUGUUAAAGGGCUGUCCGGCUUUUUUUUUUUUUUUGGUUUUAUUUUUAUUGUUUGGAAGGAGGAAUUGCACCUGCUUCGUGUUGCGUUCACUGUCUCCAAAUUGAGCCCCCCCCCCCCUUGUAAAUACUCGGGCGAGAGUGUUGGCCCCUAAGUCGUUUUUUUUUGUUUUGGUUUCUUUACUUCUUGAAUGUUUCCAUCAAGGACUGACCGACUGAGUUGGUUGUUCUUCUUCUACUUUCGAAAGAUUCCCCUCCCCCCCAGGCAAGACUGAAAAAAACCAAGCGUGGAAUGUUGCAGAAUCUCUCUUGGAUUUAAGGAGGGGGGGAGAAAACCCCUGGGUGAAGAUUCUAAUCAUUUUUUGAUGGGCCAGGCGGGAUCAUUCAAGACGAGAUGAGUCCGGUGUAAUCCCGCCUGAGCCGUUUUGUUUGAGCGGGCCUUUACAGGGGAAGGGUUUGGGGGGGGUUGUGGGGAUUAGGGAGCGGCCAAGUGUCAAAAUGGUGGCCAUGUGGAGACAGGAAGGAAGAAAACAGCUCGCCGGUGACGCCUUCUUUGCCCUUGCCACACGUCGAUAACUUUAUAAACAUCCUUCAGGUUUUAAAGAAAGUACCCUGAACGCACCACUAAGCAAACCUCCUUGCAUCCUUGCACUUAACACACCCAUAUGGACGUUUUCGGCCUCAAACGCAUCAUCACUGAGGGCAAGAGGCGGGGAACAGCGUUGUUUUGAGUUUUCAUUUGACGAUGACUGUAGUUCAUAUAAUUACUGUAAAUCUUUUUUCCUUUUUCUUUUUUUUGUACAAUUAACCGAUUAUAAAUGAAUAUGUAUGUAUGAAUAAAUAUAUACCUUAUAUUAUUAAAGGCUUGUCUAGUUUUCUGUCACAUGGGGUGCGCCUCCUCGGAGCACCGCUAGAUGGCAAUAUUGGACUUGCAUGAUUUUGUACUUUCAUAGCUGCUCAAACGACAGGAUAUUAAUCCAAAAGUGAGUCAUAAAUGAGCAUAUUUGGGAUUAUUAUGAUUUUAUAUUUCUUUUUUGUUUGUCGCGGACUUAAUAGGUGUCUUUUUUUGUUAUAGUUGGACACAUAUUUGUGAGUGUUUAGCAGGUAUAGACACAGUGAGGUCAUUAAAUGACUAAAUUUAACUAGACUGCAUAUGUGCAUGAGGUCACAUGACGUGAUGAUGUCUGCUUCAAGGAAGUGUUGUCGCUUCUCUUCACGCAAGCCUGCGCCGUGCAUGUGCAAGGAUGAAAAGCUGAAUUUUUAAAACGUACGCGUGUUUUUUCCUCCCUGCAGCAAUCCCUCCCCCCCCGGGCUGUUCCGUGCUUUUUCUUUAUUCAUGCAACAGUUCAAAAGGCAUUUGUUUGCUAUUAUUUUUGACAGCAAAAGCCUCACCGCUUGGGCCUUGAAGGUUUCAUGCUUACAUGAAAACAACCUGGGAGCAUUGAUUCCGAUCGUUCGAUGCCAGGCCACGAGACGUACACACACUAUUUCUCCUCUUGUGUCCGCCAUCUUUUGACUAACCUUUAUCCAUAUCGAAAGGAUACUUGGGUUUUUUUUGGGGGACCUGAAGGCAUCCCCGUCAACAGUGUAGUGCAUCAACAGUGACUUACCACUCUCUUGGUCCCAAUGAGCCCAGUUCUGGUCUUCAUUCACGGAACCAAGUGUGGAGUAAGUUACCGUUGAUGCACUACACUCCCGAUGGGGAAGUCGUAUAACUUCAAAAUAAAACAUCACAACGUAUUUAAAGUAUAGAAUGUAUUAGUACUCACCACUGAGUAAUACUGUAACUGUUUUUUUUUACAGUGGUACAUGUACACUUUAUAUUUCAUCAUCUAUUUAUAAAUUAUUAGCCACUUUUUGGGUGGUUACCUGCCUAUUUUAGGGGAAAAACAUUUUUUUAUUUGACCAAAAAUAUGAAUGCUAAGUCAUGAAUGUGCAGUCCAUAUUUUCAGGUAUUUUGUGUCCAGAAAAUGUGUUUCGGUCUUUUAUAAACGACUAAACACAUUACAGAAUAAAGCUAACAAUAACUCCGUCUUCCCUGUGUCGUCCCUGCAGACAGAACUUGAAGUCGGCGUGUUCUUCUCUUUAUUGGCUUAAUGCGGCAUGUGUCCACCACCUUAUUGCUUCAAUCUUUCAUCUCUUUCUCUCUGCUGAAGCUAGGAGGAGGAGGAGGAGGAGGAAGAGGGCGAAGGGCGGUAAGGGGGGGAUCAAUAUUACUAACACACCCCAGGAGAGAUGUCUGCUGGUACAACUCCAGCAGCAAGGCAAAUUGCAUUUAAAAUCUGAGGCGGGCGAUCUUUUGGUAGGCUGCUGACUUGAUAAAUAAGAGGUAAUGAAGCAUCGGCACACAUGGAUCUACCGUGGAGUGGAUCCCUGUACAUUCAUGAUUUAAAAUUAAUUUAAUUUUUAUAUUUUUUUUCCUCGUAGAAAUCAAUUGGAAAAAGAGAUUAUGAAGAAUAUUUGACCACUUUUCUAUGCAGGAGUGCUCUAAAUGUGGCAGAUGACGAGGGCAUCACUUCAGCACA